GCACCGCGCCUUACCUGGAGAACAUGGCACCUGGCGGCAGGGGUGCUGUCGUCGUGGCCGCGGUGGUCGCGCUGUGCCUGUGGGGCGCCGUUUUCUCCAGCGAGCAUCUCCCCACGCUCACGCUCUUUAACGGCGAGCUCACCGGGCCGUCCGACCGGGAGGACUACACGGGCGACUGCGAUACUGCCGUUCUCCAGCUGGAGGACGUCGACUGUGAUGAGGGGAACAACCCCGCUUGUGAAUCAGUCUUCUCUCUUAAUGCAGAGAAGAUUUUGAGUCAGGCCCGACUGUUCGUGGAGCAGAAACGCUUUCCGUUCGCCGUCGACGACCACAGCACCGACGAGGAGCUCGCCAUAGGAUAUGUGCUUAUUGGGAAUGGGCUCUAUGACGAGGCUAUCAAACACUUCUCACUGCUACUACAGAGCGACCCAGAGCUGGUCAGCGCCAUAUAUGGUCGAGGGAUAGCCUACGGGAAAAAAAGCCUCCAGGACGUAAAGAAUGCUGACCUGGCUUUGUAUGAGCUAAGUAGAGUGAUUACACUGAAGCCCAACCGGCCAGAGGUGUAUGAGCAGAGGGCCGAGAUCCUCUCUCCCCUGGGCCGUAUUAGUGAAGCUCUGAGUGACCUCACUAAGGCCAUUCAGCUCCAGCCUUCAGCCAGACUGUACCGCCAUAGAGGAACCCUGCUGUUUAUAUCAGAGGACUACCUCGCUGCCAUGGAGGACUUCCAGCAGUCUCUGGAGCUGAAGAGGAACCAGCCAAUCGCCAUGCUCUACAAGGGCCUCACCUACUUCCACAGAGGCCUGCUCAAGGAAGCCAUCGAGACGUUCAAAGAGGCCCUGAAGCUGAAGUCGGACUUUGUCGACGCUCACAAAAGCCUCGCACAGGCCUACAGGGAGCUGGGGGACUUUGACCGUGCCAUGGAGAGUUUUCAGAGAGCCCUGCUGCUCAACCAGAACCACCUGCAGUCACUACAGCUGCGGGGCAUGAUGCUCUAUCACCACGGCAACCUGCAGGACGCCAUCGGGAACUUCAAGAGGUGCCUGCAGCUGAAGCCGUACAACGAGGUCUGUCAGUACAUGAAGGGUCUGAGCCACGUGGCCAUGGGUCAGUUCUACGAGGGCAUCAAAGCCCAGACCAAGGUCAUGCUCAAUGACCCCCUCCUGGGCCAGAAGGCCAGCUCCGAGUACCUCAAGGUCAAAUACCUCCGAGAAUAUUCCAGAUAUUUGCACUCCCACCUGGAUGUCCCUGUAGCCGAGUACAACGUGGAUCAGGACCUUCCGGGUCACUUUAAGAACCACUGGGCCAAAAACCUGCCCUUCCUCAUCGAGGACUACGAGGAGCAGCCAGGACUACAGCCUCAUAUUAAGGAUGUUCUACCUCAGGACUUUGAGAGCUACUCUCCGGAGGUGCAGAAGCUGAUCUGUCUGGCAGACCACCUCGGGACACUCAUGCAGUACAACACGUCAGGCUUCCUGUCCAACCUGCGCGUACACCGAGCCAUGGGUCUGGCGGCGAUCGAGGUCAUGCAGGCCGUGCAGAAGACGUGGAGCAACUCCAGGGUGCGCGUCAACGGCAAAACCCGCCAGUUGCAGUGGAGAGACAUGUUCGACAUCGCUGUCAAGUGGAGAAGAAUCGCCGAUCCAGACCAGCCUGUUCUGUGGUUGGACCAAAUGCCAGCGAGGAGCCUUAGCAGGGGCUUCAACAACCACAUCAACCUUAUCAGGGGGCAGAUCGUCAACGUCAGAUACAUGGAGUACUUCGCCCGCGUCCUCAGCUUCGUCAAAGACAGAAUACUGGUCUAUCACGGGGCGUAUAACCCGCGGGGUGUUCCAGAGGUGAAACAGGCUCUCGAGUACGUGAACAAAGUGGAGGACCUCCUGCCUAUAAUGAAGCAGUUCAACAGUAAAACGAGAGAUGGUUUCACAGUAAACUCGAAGGUGCCGAGCGUGAAGGACCCCGGUAAAGAAUAUGACGGAUUCACCAUCACCAUCACUGGAGACCGUGUGGGGAAUAUGCUGUUUUCAGUGGAGACCCAGACCACAGAGGAAAGGACACAGCAGUAUCAGUCUGAGAUGGAGGCGCUUUAUAAAGACUUGACUGUCAAAGGCAAAGCUCUCAUGCUGUCCUCUGAAUUAGGAGACGCGGAUGCUGUGUGUAACCUCAUCCUCUCUCUGAUCUAUUACUUCUGUAACCUCAUGCCCCUGUCCCGAGGCUCCAGCAUCGUGGCCUACUCCGUGGUGAUGGGCGCCAUCAUGGCCAGCGGGAAGGAGGUGGCGGGACAGAUCCCGUCCGGAAAGCUGGUCGACUUUGAAGCCAUGACGACGCCCAGUCCGGACCGGUUCAGCAAAGCGGCCAAGAGCUGGAUGAACUUGAAGAGCUUGCCGAGCUGGUACCAGAACCUUCCGUCCGUAGCCGAGACCUUCCAGUUCUCCAGAACCAUGAUCGAAGUCUUGAACACGGACUCCCCCGACCAUUGCCCGAUAAAGUCCUAACGGACGUUCGGAUCUACCGAUCUAAAAAAAAUCCGUUCGGAUCUAAAAAAGGCAACGUGAGGCUCCACCCCUUCUGUUUUGGUCCCCGCCCCUCCCCAAAUGGGCGGGGUUUCGUCUUCCUUAUUUAAGAAGCUUUUUCAAAGUAAAAGUGUCUGUAAUAACAAAUAUGCACAAUUUUCUCACAGACCUGCCCCCAGGUAGUUUAGUUUAUAAGAAUAGACAGAAUGAAGCACACUUAAAAAAACAUUUCAAUAAAUUUUAAUUUGAUUCCUGUA